UAGUUCCGUGGCGGGGUUGGUAAGGUCGGGCCAUGGUGGGGCAGAGGUUGGGAAGAUGGCGUGGCGAGGCUGGGCACAGAGAGGUUGGAGCUGCGGCCAAGCGUGGGCUCCGCCGGUGGGCGGCCGCAGUUGCGAGGAACUCACUGCGGCCCUGGCCCCGCCGCGGCUGCUCGGACGCAGGUUUAAUUUCUUUAUUCAGCAAAAAUGUGGAUUCAGAAAAGCACCCAGGAAGGUUGAACCUCGAAGAUCAGACACAGGAUCAAGUGGUGAAUCAUACAAGAGGAGUGCUUUGAUUCCUCCUGUAGAAGAAACCGUCUUUUAUCCUUCUCCCUACCCUAUCAGGACUCUGGUGAAACCUUUUUUUUUCACUGUUGGGUUUACAGGCUGUGCAUUUGGAUCAGCUGCUAUUUGGCAAUAUGAGUCACUGAAAUCCAGGGUGCAGAGUUAUUUUGAUGGCAUAAAAGCUGAUUGGUUGGAUAGCAUAAGACCACAAAAAGAAGGAGACCUCAGAAAGGAGAUUAACAAGUGGUGGAAUAACCUAAGUGAUGGCCAGCGGACUGUGACAGGCAUCAUAGCUGCAAAUGUUCUUGUAUUCUGUUUAUGGAGAGUACCUUCUCUACAGCGGACAAUGAUCAGAUAUUUCACAUCUAAUCCAGCCUCAAAGGUCCUUUGUUCUCCAAUGUUACUGUCAACAUUCAGUCAUUUCUCCUUGUUUCACAUGGCAGCAAAUAUGUAUGUUUUGUGGAGCUUUUCCUCCAGCAUAGUGAACAUUCUUGGUCAAGAGCAGUUCAUGGCAGUGUACUUGUCUGCAGGUGUUAUUUCCAAUUUUGUCAGUUAUGUGUGUAAAGUUGCCACAGGAAGAUAUGGACCGUCACUUGGUGCAUCAGGUGCGAUCAUGAGUGUACUUGCAGCGGUCUGCACUAAGAUCCCGGAAGGGAGGCUCGCCAUCAUCUUCCUCCCGAUGUUCACCUUCACAGCAGGGAAUGCCCUAAAAGCCAUUAUUGCCAUGGAUACAGCAGGAAUGAUCCUGGGAUGGAAAUUUUUUGAUCAUGCAGCACAUCUUGGGGGAGCUCUCUUUGGAAUAUGGUAUAUCACUUACGGCCAUGAACUCAUUUGGAAGAACAGGGAGCCUCUAGUGAAAAUCUGGCAUGAAAUGAGGACUAAUGGCCCCAAGAAAGGAGGUGGCUCUAAGUAAAGCUGGGCUGGCCGAUACUGCGUAACUGAUCUGUGCUGCCUGGGAACCCCGAGUGCACCAGCCCUGAAGGGCCACAGCUGUGCUCCUGCCUGGAAGACACGCCAGCUUCCCCAGCAUUUUAAACGGUCCUCCAGUACAUCUUCAUAGAGAAUUAUGACAAAAGUGUGAAAUAAAGGUUUAUAUCUAGUUUGUAAACAGA